UUCCAAAUAUUACAAACUCAGCAACAGAUCAGAAAGAAACAUUUAGUAUUUUCAUUGAUACAUUUUAAUAAAUAAAUAAUUCAAUUUAAUUCAGUGAUAAAGAUUUUUACUUUUCAAAUAGUAAUAUUACUUGAAAGGAUAUAUGUAAUUGAUUGAUAGCGUUACUUGAGUGAUAUGCUAAUUCUUCCACACGAGUGUCCUCGCUCUUGGCUUCAGGAACGUUAUUCUGGACGUGUCAUUGAAUACGUAAACACUUGGAAUAUGUUACAUGAUAACAUUCUCUUGAAUUUCUUACAAACGUAAUCACACAUAUGACGAAACGACCCGUGGGAAACAUCGACGUUGUUCUAUUUGUGUACGAGUGAUAUGCGAGAAAGCAAACAAUAAAUCCGGGGACAUCAGUUAGCCCAAUCGAUAGUUCAGUUAAGCUCGGAAUGGUAACGCGAAGAUCUAUCAGGUUUCUUCACGCUUAUAUACUUUUGCCGUUGGUUUGACGUUUCAAUCGUUUUCGUACGUUAUUAUACGUCUACAUUGCACCGUUAUCAUAAUUAUAUUAUUUCUCCCUUAUCGUCAAACGUAUUAAAACUUCACUUAACAUUUUAUUAUACGAAGACUAAAAUAACAUAGAGUUUCCAGAACACUUUAGCAUUCAUUUUGAAGGAAUUACUGGCUCUAGAUUUAACGGAGCUCUCAUUAACGUCGGGCACGGAGAUUCUUGACAGUUGACUCACCUAUAGCUGGCGAACGCCAAAUAGUUUUAUCUGCGCCACGAUUAAAUAUUUAUCAUCACACCAAACAUCGAAGGUUAAAACGUUUGAUCAGCCGCCGCCGACAAAGCUCCUCGGUAUAUAAAUGGCGUUUAUAACCUCACUCAGGAUUUAAAUCAGUUGAGAUACGUGUAGCUGCAAUCUGUGAGGCAACAUGAAGUUUGCAGAGCAUCUGUCUGCUCAUAUAACACCUGAGUGGCGUAAGCAAUAUAUUAGUUAUGAGGAGAUGAAAGCAAUGCUUUAUACAGCGGUGGAAGAGGCGCCAUCGGUUGAAAGCGUAGAACCAGAAGUGAUAUCCCGUCAUUUUGCUUCGUUUGAUGAAGUCUUCUUCACGUUCUGCGAUCGUGAAUUGAAGAAGAUCAAUACAUUUUUCUCUGAAAAAUUGGCAGAAGCUACGCGCAAAUAUGCAGCUCUGCAAAGCGAGUUGAAAACCGCGCUAGAGCUGCAACAGGGGGGCGGGAAGCACAAAGAGAAAGCUAGCGCAAAGCCGUUGUUGCCCGGAAGAAAACUGAGGGAGCUAAAGCUCGCAUUUUCAGAAUUCUACCUUUCGCUAAUCCUGCUUCAAAAUUAUCAGAAUUUGAAUCACACUGGCUUCCGCAAGAUCCUCAAGAAACAUGAUAAGUUACUGUCGGUUGACGCCGGUUCAAAAUGGAGAGUCGAGAGCGUGGAGACCUCACACUUCUACACUUCCAAGGACAUAGACAGACUGAUACAGGAAACUGAGGCUACUGUGACGAACGAUCUGGAAGGUGGGGAUCGACAGCGUGCUAUGAAGCGUCUUCGGGUGCCACCGCUUGGUGAGCAUCAGAGUCCGUGGACUACCUUCAAGGUCGGCUUGUUUUCUGGAAGCUUCAUUGUUCUAGCAGUUGCUGUCGUUCUCUCAGCUAUCUUCCAUGAUGGCGGGGAAAACCUGAAGAUCGCGUUUAGACUGUACCGGGGUCCCCUGCUUGUUAUCGAAUUCCUGUUCCUUAUUGGAGUCAACGUUUACGGUUGGAGAUCUUCCGGUGUGAAUCACGUUUUGAUAUUCGAAUUGGACCCGCGAAAUCACCUGUCCGAGCAGCAUCUCAUGGAACUGGCUGCUGUCCUCGGGGUCAUUUGGACGCUCAGCUUGCUGAGCUUUCUGUACAGCACCAGUCUCAGCAUACCGCCAUAUAUAAAUCCGCUGGUGCUCGUCUGCAUGAUGGUGGCCUUCCUGAUAAAUCCCCUCAAGAUAUUUCACCACGAAGCUCGUCUGUGGUUAUUGAAGAUCAUUAUGCGCGUCGUGAUCUCACCGUUCGCGUACGUCAACUUCGCCGAUUUCUGGCUGGCCGAUCAAUUCAACAGUCUGGCGACGGCGUUCGUCGACGUAUAUUUUCUGAUAUGCUUUUACAUAACGAACGGCGACUGGCAUCAGCAGAAUGACAGCAAGGACUGCACGUCCGGUUACGGUUUAUUCGUUAUUAAACCCAUUGUCAAUUGCUUACCGGCAUGGUUUCGUUUCGCCCAAUGCAUCCGUCGUUACCGGGACUCCAGAGAUGCGUUUCCGCACUUGGUAAACGCCGGAAAGUACGCCACGACCUUCUUCGUUGUCCUGUUUAACACUUUGUACAUCUAUAACGCAACGAACUAUCCGGAUAGCUCGCAGGAAACGGGAUAUUUGUGGGCGUGGUUGUUCUGGUGCCUUGUAAACUCCAUAUAUUCGUACACGUGGGAUCUCAAGAUGGAUUGGGGUCUUUUGGACCCGAAUGCCGGUGAAAAUCGAUUUCUGCGCGAGGAGAUGGUUUACUCGGCGGCUGGCUUUUACUACUUCGCGAUAAUAGAAGAUUUUAUAUUGCGAUUUGUGUGGGUCGCCAGUUUCUUCCUGGUCGAAUGGGGAUACGUAUCCAGUGACUUGAUGACUUCCAUAGUAGCGCCUCUCGAGGUGUUCAGACGAUUUGUGUGGAACUUCUUCCGCUUAGAGAACGAGCACCUGAACAACUGCGGUCAAUUCCGAGCGGUGCGCGACAUCUCGAUCGCCCCGAUCGAGAGUUCCGAUCAGGCGCAGAUCGUACGCAUGAUGGACGACAUGGACGGCGUGCAGAACAGAGGCAAACGUAAGGGUGGCGGUAAAAAGCAGGGCAACACCAGGGAGGAUAAGCGAAUGCUACUUAAAGAUGACACCAUAGAUUUCGAGAUGACGAAUGCUAAUUUGAUGUAGCUCACGACGUCCCUUUAAAUUUGCUACGACAUGUUGUAAGUAUUUCGAAAGUUCGGUACUUAAGAACGAUGACAAUUCCGCGCGAUUUUGCAGCCAACACGACACCCGAUUUCGUUAGAGCGUUAGAUAAAUAAUUGUUCGGAGUUUCAGCUGAAGAUCGUAGAUCCGGAACUGUAACAGUGCCUUUUAUGUUGUAUUUUCCACACCGCGGUGUACGAUAUACUGUAAUGAUCUAAGACAUUGACAUUCUGCUACUUCCUCGAGAAGAUUCGAACGGCGAGUUAACACCUGUAGUUUAAUUACACCGAGUAAACCCGAGUCGAAAUUUUUGUUCUACGUUAAAUCUACUUAAUUAGUUCUACAUUAAGUCUUCAAGUAGAGAGAACAGAAUUUGUAAUAUCAAAAGGAGCACCAUAGAAAACCUAUGAAGAUUUAAUGUAGAACUGUAAUUUCGAUCCGGGAAUGAAUGAAAUUAACGCGUGACGUUCGACAAUCGACUCAGAGUGCAACAAAAUUCGAGCACUGGUCUAAGAUAUUCUAGUUUGCACUGAAAGUCUUCCAGCACAAGAACAUAGCGAAUAGUCGUAGUUUGGACAAAGCAGCUUUACGAAUUUUUUAGGCUCCAGAUGUAGACACAUAGUAAGAUGUAAUAUAUAUACAUAUAAUGUAUAUAUAUAUGUAUAUAUAUAUAUAUAUAUAUUUAUAUAUAUAUAUAUGUGUGUGGGUGUGUGUGUAUUAUAUGACGCGUGCUAUUGAGAGCUUUACGAAUUGUGCCGUUAUUAACGAGAAUAGGUAUGUCGUUUUGUCUGCCAUGAUAAUGAUUUUAUCGGCUAUAUCACUACCAAACUUAUUCUAAAAGACAAGAAGGCCAUUGUUUAGAUCGUUGUAGAUCAAUGUUGUGUAAAUAUCUGUACGAGUAUCACGAGUGUAGACGGAAUAUAUACGCAACAUAGUCUAACGUUCAUCAUGCUCAUAACGUAAGUGAUAUUAAACAUAUACCAAUACUAGAGGCUGUUAUAAAAUACUUUUUUACGUGUAUUCAAUAUGGUUGCGAUAUUGAUAUCAAGUGUGCGCAGUCACAUCGAGCGAUGUGUAACGUUACUUAUUAUCGACGAGGAAGAAUAGAGAUGUGUACGUACGACGAAAUAUUUCAUAUGUUUUAUUUACUAAUAAGAUAUAUACAUCAUUCGGAUGCCUGGCAUUUCGUACGUGAAACAGUAUUACAGUUAACCGACUAUUUUAUAUGAAUUAUGUAAAAUAAUACUCCUCUUGCGAUACUAAUAUACGACUAGGAGAUAUGGGCAAUAUAUUCUUUAUAGCGAAAGCUGUUUGAUGUGCUCUUUCAGUUGUUACUUAGAUAAAAAACAAACACAUGCUCAAUAAUAAAACAAUGUAGACUUGUGUAUUAUUGUAUUAUUCAAAAUUCUAUCGAGUUACUCAUGCUGUUUAUUUAUAUAUGCUGACGUGCCACGGAAUGAUUACUGAACUAAAAUAAGACCGCGAUUGUAAAUCGCACAAGAAAGUAAAUUUAUACGACGUAUAAUGAUUGCAAAGUAUAGUACUUUUAUAAUCUUCAACAUUUACAUUCUUGUAUGAUUUACCGAGCAGAUCAUAUGUCGGUGCAGCAGCAUUUUAUGGGACCUAAGAUGUAUAGAGUAGAUUGGAUUCUUUAUUAGAUGAAGAUAGAUGGAAUAUGUAUAUUUCGAGAAUAUGCAGAAUUUAUUUUAUUAGCUUGAAUUUAAUUAUACAGUCAAAUGCCUAUAUCACUUAUUGCAACGCGAUAUUACGUUAAGAAGGAUAGUGAUUCCUGAUGCAUGUAGUUCCUAGAGGAUACUGUAGCUAUAUUUUCUAUAUUGACAUUUUGUUGAAAUGGAAAUAUUUAUUUUGUUCUUUCGUGCUUAAUCACAUAGGACGUACUUAUUUGUAGGAAGUGUUUUACUUUUAGCGAAUGUAGCAUUUAGGGCUCCAGAAGCGAAGUUUACAUAUUAGAUCUUGUAUUCCAAUAAUUGUGAUGAUUUUAUAUGACUGUUUUUCUAUCUGAAUAAUCGUAAAAGUUGCUUGUAAUA